AAAAACUUGGAUAUAUUUUAUCCUUUCUCCUUCCACAUACAAAGGACCACCUUGCUCGUCGCCAUCCACGAAUCCUUGCGGCCAACCACUCUGCCCACCGGCAACGGUCGUUUUGCUCGCCGCUAACCAAUCGCCGCCGCUAAAAACCAGCCAUCCAGAACCGGCCUUCUCCGUCCGUCCAGAGUCAUCCCUCUCUUCCUCUCAUCGCUGCUUACCGCCAUCCCCUCUCUCUGUCUCAGCGCUGAUCGCCGCCAUCUGUAUCUGCAUCAAACCGGCAGAGUGUGUUGAAACGCCCAAACAAGGGAGAUGCAAACGCAACAGAGAAGAUGAGGUCUGAAGCAAAGCUUGAAGCUGAGUUUGAAGAUAACACACUAACUGCUUUAACUGAAAAUAUUCCAUGGGGUGGGGUCACCUUCGAAGUCACGGCUCAGAUUCGGGUAACAACGCCGAUGCAGGUCCGAGCACCAGUAUGUCGGUACCACGGCAGUUUCCUCCGGCUGCUCAACCGGAAAUGAUGCGAGCAGCUGAAAAAGACGAUCAAUACACCUCUUUCGUUUACGAAGCUUGUCGCGACGCCUUCCGCCACCUCUUCGGUACUAGAGUUGCAGUGGCUUAUCAAGACGAGACGAAACUUUUAGGGCAAAUGCUUUACUAUGUUCUCACAACCGGCUCUGGACAACAAACACUUGGUGAAGAAUACUGUGAUAUCACUCAGGUUGCAGGAACUUAUGGGCUUCCUCCUACACCAGCCAGGCGUGCUUUGUUCAUUGUAUACCAGUCAGCGAUUCCAUACAUUGCAGAACGAAUUAGUUCUAGAAUUGCUUCCCGGGGAAUUAUCCUUGCUGACUAUGAGUCUGCUGAGAGUUAUUAUGGUGAAAAUGCCCGUGGGAGUAGUAGUUCUCGGGUUUAUGCCACGAGUGAACUUUCUACUUCGUCUACCUCGGGGCAGUCUACUUCAACUCUGACGAGGUUGAAGGAGAAACUCGGUGGAUUUUGGUUGCAUAUGGUUCAGAGAUGGCCUACGGUACAUUACUCCUGCUGGUGUUUCUCAUUCAACACUGUUCAAGAAGUUACUACAUUCUCCUUUAUGCUCCCUUUUGUUCGUGAGUUAUUGCAGUUGCUUCUGCGUGCUAACCUCAUGUUAUUUUACUUUGAAGGUCUCUAUUAUCAUAUAUCCAAACGUGCUGCAGGCAUUCGUUAUGUGUUCAUUGGAAAAGCGUCAAAUCAAAGACCCAGAUAUCAAAUACUGGGAGUAUUUCUCUUGAUUCAACUUUGUGUAAUAGCUGCUGAAGCGCUGCGUCGAAGAAAUUUUACAUCAAUUGCUGGUUCAGUUCAUCAGGCAUCCUUUGCAACCGACCAUACAUCAGCAGGACAUGGUUUCCCUGUUCUAAAUGAAGAAGGUAAUUUGGCAUAUCCAGAAGCUGAUAACGGAAGUUGGGUCUCUGGAUCUUCAUCUUCUGAGCAUCAUGCAUCUAGUGGGGUUAGCAAAUGCACACUUUGCCUGAGUAAUCGUCAACACCCAACAGCUACUUCUUGCGGCCAUGUAUUUUGCUGGAACUGUAUCACAGAAUGGUGCAACGAAAAACCAGAGUGCCCUCUUUGCCGCACCCCUAUAACACACUCAAGUCUAGUUUGUAUUUAUCAUUCAGACUUCUAGAAUCUGUUUCUUGUGGGCUGUAGUCUUUUGUAAAUGGAAAGAAGAUUGCAGCAUGAAAGACAACAUUUUCUUGAGAUCUUGAUUCUUGAGGAUUGUAUCAUAUGAACAUUUAAACAAUUUAAUUUUAUAUUAGAAAAAUAAGAAAAUUCUCAUUUCAGCAUCCA